AUGGCGACCUGCGUGGUAUGCCUCGACGGGGAGCAGCCCAUGCGUGAACUCAUUGUCGGUGAUCCAGACACGCUGACAUGCAACGAUUGCAUCGAGGAAUGUAUCGUGCCGCUGUUCCAGACGUCCCUGUUGAACGAAGACAAUGCCGACCCGGAAACCAACCUUCAGCCCCUAAGGGCGGAGAGGAUACAAGACAUCCUUGGGGAGGACUUUAUGGAAAAGUGGAAUCUGGUGGACAGAGAGCGCUUCGUACUUCCCAGAAGGCGGCGAUACUGUAUGCAACCUUUCACAUGGCUCAAUGUAAACGGCGAGGAGUGUGGUCACUUCAUCGGCGAUGGUGCAUUUCCCGACCAGGACCCACAAAUCAAGAUGUGUUGGACAUGCAUAAGGGAGACCUGUCGCAUCUGUGCCGGGCCAAUAGGCCCUGCUGCGCCUGGAGGUUACAGAAACCACAUCUGCACCUUCGCCCCCGAGCCGCCAAUUCCCGAGCCUGUUCCUGGUAUGAAGCAAGGUGUCGAAUGGCGACGAUGUCCACACAGCAAGUGUCUCAAGAUCUUCAACCUCGCCGAUGGCUGCAAUGCAGUAAUGUGCCGGAUCCUAGGCUGCCAGACCCAGUUCUGCAUUACCUGUGGACAGAAGGCGACCCACGACUCGGGACAUUGGAAGCCGGGAAUGCCGUGUCCACGAUUUACGAACCGAGAUGAUCCAAGAAGAGCAAUAUUCGACGGAAAUAACUUGGGCAAUGGAGAGAACGAAGAUCAGCCAGAAACAUGGGAGAAGUGGCCUGAGCCGUUCCAGCCGGCUCUGCCAUUGUGCACCAGGUCACUGAAGUAUUGGGAGGCACUCGACUUGGGAUUUCCUGUGCCGCACUUCAUGACACUCAAGGUCCAUUCUGGGUGGUUCGCCGAAUGCUUGACAGACCACCUGCGACGGAAUUUGAUUGGUGUCAACUCCGUCAUCCGAGCUGCUGAGUCCACCGAAGCAUUUUUGGCGAUGACUUUGCAGAUGCGUGAGGGGGAAUCGCGCGUAUGGAAGGUCGAUCAUCCGAGUAUCGAAGAAGAACAACCUCAGCCAGCUGGCCUUGUGGACUCUGAACAUGCUGAAAGACUAAGAACGUUUCUCGAGCAGCUGCAACAGUUAGCUGAGGGCAGCAAUGGCUGGCUCGCUGACUUCAUCUCACGCCGCUGCCUCGACUUUGUCCACGACGUUUCCUUAGCAGAGGGACAGACGCAUGAGACGAACGAUGCCCGCUUCGCCACUCUUGCCGCCAAAGCACAAGAGAUCAGAGAGUACCCCGACUCCAGCUCGGGCGACGAAUAUCGAUCGAUUACUAUUCCCUGGAACCUCUUCCUCAAGUCAUUCAUGGACUUCUUCGUGGAAGCAGCUCCUGACCUGAAAUCCUGGUUCGAAUGGACGAGCACAGACGAUUUCGACUACCUGAGCAUCACAAACGUCUCCGUGGAGAUUGCAUACCGCCAACGUGAGGGCUAUGAGCCUUACUUGCCACAGCUGCCCAGGGUACAAGGGGGCCACGACGACGCCAGAAAAGCUGUUUACAUGGCCGUGGUCCACCAGAUCAAUCCAUUGAUCCAAAGGCACACGGAUCCAUGGCUGGUGGUCAUCCUACAGCAAGUCUUCAAGCUUGGAGUGGCGUCUUUCCCGCGCUCGUUUGAGCAGGAUCGUGUCUAUAAUCUGGAGAACCUCUUCUAUCUUGCACCCACCGUGCUAUCCGAACAGGAGGGGUACCACGACUUCAUCGUUUCGAUGGAGGCCCUGAAGUCAUCGCUCAAGACUUGGACUAAGCUUCGCCCAAAGUCUCUGAGCGUUACCGGUAUGCCUGAUACCGUGUCAAUGAAUGACGUGGUACACUUCAUGGUUGAGUUUGGAGAAGGCAAACAUGAUGGUCGUAUCACGAAAGUACAUUUUGUACGCACUAAGGGUGCGGAUGGCGAGAUUCAGGACAAAGACGCCGAGCACAAGUGGUUGCAUAAGUUCUUUGCACGGAUUGUACCGUUUGAUGCUGAGUGUCUAGACUUUAUCUUCCAGGAUUUGAGGGAACAGGUACCUAAAGAUUGGUUGGCGGCGAUGGUGGAUUAA